CUAAUUUAGGGAAAGGUUAGAAGUCUUAAUUUUUAAAAAUGAAGCAAUGUAAAUGUGGGAGAGGGUAGAGCAAAAAUAAUGGCGGAAAUGAGAUGAAGGCACUGGCAGUCGACCCACGAUGCGCUCACGCGCGAGUCCUCAGAUCCGGCGGCGCGUCCCCCGACCGUGGGGCGCUCAACAAUCUCAUCACCCUCUACUCCAAGUCCGGCCGCCGCUCCGACGCCAUCCGCAUAUUCCAGUCUAUCCCCAAUCCAAAUGUGGUUUCCUGGACCUGUCUCAUCUCCACUUUCCACGACUCAACCCUCUCCUUCCACCACUUCCUCUCCAUGCUCCGCCGCCCCGGACGCCUCUUCCCUAACCACCGCACUCUCUCCGCCCUCCUCAAAACCUGCGCUUCCCUUCCCGCUCUCUCCUUCGGGAUCCAGCUCCACUCCAUGGCCCACAAGCUCGGCCUCUCGUCCGAGCCCUUCACGGCCUCUGCACUCGUUUCCUUCUACUGUAAAACAAGUUUUCUCAACAAUGCACAGAAGGUGUUCGACGAAAUGCUUGACAGGGAUGAGGUCUGUUUCUCCUCGAUCAUUGUGGGUAUGGCUCAGAACCGCAGACCCGUUGAGGCUAUGUCUUACUUUCUUGAGAUGAAGAGGAGUGGGGUGGCUUCGACUACCCACAGUAUCUCGGCAACAUUGCGGGCUGCUUCAGAGAUGGCUCUCGUGGAGCAAUGUAGGACACUCCACGGGCACGCAGUAAGAACCGGUUUGGAUUCGGAUGUGGUUGUCGGAAGUGCGCUGAUUGAUGGGUAUGGGAGAUGUGGGCUCAUAAGGGAAGCUCGUGCCGUUUUCGAUGAACUGGAAACAUCAUUGAUCGAUGUAGGAUGGAGCACGAUGAUGUCAGCGUAUGCGCAGCAAGGGGAUUCCAAGAACGCGAUUGAGCUUUUCGCGGCGAUGCAGAGUCGCGGUAUGAAGCCCGACGGGUACUGUUUCCUGGCUGUUUUGACCGCAUUCUGCCACGCCGGUUUGUCCCAAGAGGCCAAAAAAUGGUUCAGGGCGAUGCAGGAAGAUUACAACUUGGAACCCUGGCUUGAGCAUUACACAUGUUUGAUCACUGCCAUGGGGAAAGCCGGCGAACUGGGACCCGCCGAAACGGUAGCCUCCACAAUGCCCUUCAAGCCAGACGCUGCCGUGUGGCGCGCGCUGCUGUCCACAAGCGCACACCAUGGGGAGACCGACAUGGCAUGGAAGAUGAGAGACAGGCUGCUCGAGAUCAACCCGAACGACGACUCAGCAUAUGACAAAGGGGUCGGAAAGGAGGGAGGGCGGAGCUGGAUCGAGGUACGCGGGGAGGUGCACGCGUUCUCGGCCGAGGACCGGGCGCACGAGAGGAGGGAGGAGAUAUACGACAAGUUGGGGGAGUUGAAGGGGGAGAUUGAGAAGCUUGGGUAUGUGCCUGUUUGGAAUGAGAUGUUACAUGAUGUGGAUGAGAGUCACAAAGCAGAAGUGUUGUGGCAACACAGUGAGAAACUGGCACUGGCAUUUGGGCUGUUGAGUGGGGUGAAUCCCUGUGGUAAACCUCUGAGGAUUGUGAAGAAUUUGAGGAUCUGUAGGGAUUGCCAUGAAGCUUUCAAGUAUGUUAGCAGAGUGGUGGAGAUGGAGAUUGUAGUUAGGGAUGUUAAUAGAUACCAUACAUUCUUGAGUGGCAGCUGUACUUGUGGAGAUAGCUGGUAGCUUAUACACUACUUCCUCCGUUUGAAAAUGAUCUUUCUUAUUGUCAAAGUUUGUAAACUUUGAUCUCUAUAUAUGAAAAAAUACAUUAUGUUUCG